AUGCCAUUGCUGGAGUCCGAUGCUGCUAUGGCAGAGCCUUCAACCAAUGAUGUCCCUGAUCAUCUCCCUUUCCCGCCCACCACCUACUCCCAUAUAUUGCAUUGCUCUUAUCAUGAUUGGCAUCCGCGGUACCGCACACUUGCACCCAAGUCACGGGUAAUUCCCUUGACGCCUGCUUUUGUUGAAUACCUCCGCGCCGACGGCAUUGUUCUACCACCCGAGGCUGUCGCUCCAACCGACGAUGAUAACCUGGACACAUUCUCCGAUUCGGGCGAGGAGGAGGAGGCUGAUCCAUCCACAGAGUGGCACGAGAUUCACACUCAGAUAAAGAAUACUAUCUUUGAACUCGGCGGCAUUGUCACACCUAAAUUGAACUGGAGUGCUCCCAAAGAUGCAACAUUCAUGGCCGCCACGAACGAUACUCAAUGUCGUUCUCCAAAUGACAUCUACCUCCUCCUGAAAAGCAGCGACUUCAUCACCCAUGAUUUAGACCAUCCAUUUGACGACUGUGUGCCGGAUACAACCACCGGCGAACCUUCACCAUCAACCGUUGACGCACCGUUGCCGGAUGUGCCAUAUUCCCUGGUUCUCCGCAAGUACGUCAACUUCAACCCUUCACUCGAGUUCCGUUGCUUUGUGCGCAACCGCGUCCUGCUCUGUAUUACCCAACGUGAUCAGAACCACUUCGACUUCCUCUUCCCCAUGCGUGACAUGCUCCGGUCUCGGAUCCAGUCAUUCUUCGAUGAGAAGCUCAAAGACACCUUCCCGGAACCCAACUUUGUAUUCGACGUCUAUAUCCCUGCACCGCACCAGCGUGUCUGGUUGAUUGAUAUCAAUCCAUGGGCGCAACGUACCGACCCAUUGCUGUACAGUUGGUUGGAGAUUCUCCGGAUGAAGGAUCCAAUUGGGGUGCAAGAGGAAGAAGAUGAUGGAGCAGAAGAAUUUGUGAGGAUCUCCCUCCAGGACGGGAAGAUUAUGACUACCGACACAGCGGAAGAGCUGGAGAAAGGUGAUGAUUUGGAUUCUUCUGAUUCGGAGGAAGAAGAUAAGGGCGCCGAAGGAGAUGAUGAACAGGCCCCCUUCCUACCAGAAUUCCGUCUCAUCAAAAAGGAUGAUCCUGAGGCGUACGCAUUCAGCUCUACUCAGUACUCGGCUCAUAAGGUGCCAAGGGAGCUGGUUGAUGCUUCGCUUGAGGGACCUGGCGGCAUGAGUGAAUUCAUGGGCCAGUGGCAUGACAUCUUGAAGAAGCAGGAGCAAGAGGAUCGGGAUGCCGGUAGCGACUCCGAAUAA